AUGGACGCCAUGGAAUAUUCCAACGACGUGCACGGCACGAACCAAGACUACGAAAUGUCCCGACAGCUCAUCCUCAUCGAUCUCAUCCAACUCAUGCUUGACCACCCGUCGAGACAUCUGCAUGACCUCAUGCGACAUAAUUUCCCCGUCUUUAGUACCGAGCAACUUCAGCAUCCUGUUUUCUAUGAUGUCAUCAUGGCCGCUGUACACGACCUUGACGUGCAGCAAGCGGAAUUGAUCGCUGAAAGUAGGACUGCACACGUCUACGAGAAGCGACUAGAGGAGAUAAACAAGGCAAAUGCAGACAAGAUGGCAGCAAAGCAACAGGAGCUAGUCGUGGAGAAGAAAAGCGCCGUCGAUCUCAAGUUGGAGUCAGCCGCAGACAAGAACCACAUUGCGGAGCUCACACAGAGGCUCGCCGAGAUGGAAACAAAGCUGCUAGAAGCCUCUGGUCCAAAGAUGUCCUUCUCUAUCCGCACCAAGGAUGAUCAAGAGGUAGAUGAAGACUUCGAGUUGCCCGCUGCAGAGAACGUUGCGUCGCGCAAAGGCAAGCACCGCAAUCACGUACAGAAGAACAACACCGGUCUUGAGGAAGAUCACUAG